AUGGUAUUGACCAGAGCAUUAAUUUCUACAGUUGUUAUUGCAAUUGGUGUAUUCUAUCAAUUAGCAUUGCAACCCAUUCUCUUCAACCGAUUCGGAGUUGGACGUUCGGUUGAAGCAAUCAAUAACCAAAAUUGCGAAAUCAUCAAAGAGUUGGAAGCAUGCGAAGAUGCAUGGUACCAUCAACCUUCAGGAUUGCUUUACUUAGGUUGCUCUACUGUUGCAAAUAAACGAGCAUGGUUACCCAAUGCAGAUUUCUUUUCACAUGAAAAGUUGACAGGAUCCGAAUAUAUGGCAAUCCUGGAUACGAAAGCAACAGGACCAUAUUCUAGCCGCAUUAAGCGAAUCCAAACCCAAAACUUCCAAGGGCAUGAUGGAAAAGGUACACUUUUGCUCCAUGGAAUUGGUGCUUUCGUAGGUAAAGAUGGUUUAGGUGGAAAUGCAGAAGAUCAAAGUUUACGUUUAUUCCUCAUCAAUCAUCGUGUUCAAGCUGAUCCUCAUAUUCAUGGAGCAAACUCAACUGUCGAACUGUUUGAGACUACUUUGGGAAGUGAUACAAUGACCCACAUUAAAACUUUUGCUCAUCCACACAUCUUUACGCCAAACAAUUUAGUACCUACCGGACCUGAAUCGUUCUAUUUCACAAACGAUCACAGUGUCAAGAAAGGAUGGCAAAAACAAUUGGAUCUUAUCAUUCCUGGUUCUGGUAUCGGACAUUGUGACGCAAAGGGUUGCAAGAUGGUGAUCGAGAAAACUCUUUAUCCAAACGGACUGGCUGGAGCAUUGAAUUAUCCAAGUAAAGAAGCCAACGUUUUAUAUCAAGCAAGCACAACUGAAGAAUUUGUUUAUUCUUAUGAAAUUCAAGCAGACAAGAGCUUAAUUCUAAAGGAUAAAAUUCGCUCAGGUUAUCCAGGUGAUAAUAUCAAUAUGGCAAGUGACGGUAGCUUGGUAUUGGCUGCUUUCGCAAAACUUUUAACGACCGCUGAAGGUUUCAGUACUAAGGAUCCAAACCAUGUCGUUCCAUCAACAGUUGUUCGAAUCUCAAAGAAUCAAGGAAAAGACGCAUUUUACGGCAACAAGUAUAAUGUUGAAAAGCUCUUUGAAGAUGAUGGUAACGUUGUGAGCUUCCAAACCAAUGCUCAACUCGAUUCACAGCGAAAUUUAUUGUUCUUAAGUGGUGCGUACUCAGUUUCAUGUGGCUAUUGA